AUGUUUUGUUCAGUCAGUCUGCAGAAGUUAAUGUUCACUCUUUGCUCCGUUCACUCCGUUGCCGAAAUAUUUGGUAACAAAAUGAGUGUAAUGAAGAAUGUUGUGUCGCUGGCAGCUAAGAGUGGUAAAUUAGGCACAAGGAACAAUGGAAAAUUCGGAUUGUUCCGCCCGCUGUUAUCAUGCGCUCCAGUGGCAAUGGUGGGUCUGGACCGCGGGGCACACACCCAGGACCUUACAAAGACCAUGCAGUACAUUAGUAAUGAAAAAGUGAAACUCAAAAUCGACCCUAACACCAUGAAGUUAGAUAAACGCGUAGACAAGCCGCUUGUCGUAAUGAUCAACUGGUUGCUGGCGCGCCAGAAGCAUGUUAUGAAAUACGCAACAUUAUAUUUAGAACAAGGUUUCGACGUGCUCUCUGUGUCUUGCACUCCGUGGCAACUAAUGUGGCCGCAAAAAGGAUCUCAGUUGAUAGCGGGUGAUAUGCUGAAAUUCAUGCACGUUAACGAAAACGACCAGCCUCUCGUGGUUCAUGGGUUUUCCGUUGCCGGCUACAUGUGGGGGGAGGUAUGCGUCCAGGUCAUGAAGAAUCCAGAAUUAUACCAACCUGUUAUGGAUCGUGUGGUAGCCCAAGUGUGGGACUCAGCCGCCGACAUCAGCGAGCUCUCUAUUGGAGUACCCGCCGCUGUUUUUCCCAAAAACCAAAUCAUGCAGAAGACACUGAGGGCUUACAUGGAAUAUCACAUGAAGACAUUUUACGAUGCGGCGACUGUUCAUUAUAUCCGAUCGUCGCAACUGUUCCAUACGAACUUGUGUCACGCCCCGGCUCUGUUCCUGUUGUCCCGAAGCGACCCAGUAGGUGCUGAGAAGAGUAAUAGAAGUGUAUACGACAGCUGGGUUCAAAUGGGCAUUAAGUGCACCUGGAAAUGCUGGGACAAGUCGCCCCACGUGCAACACUAUACACAUCAUGCCAAAGAUUACGUUGCAGCUCUUUACGAACACUUUAACGCAUACGGGCUCGUCAGUCAGCCAGAGAAAAUGCGCAUGCGGUUAUAA